CAGAGUACCUGGAGGAAACUCCAUGCGCACAGGGCAGAGACCCCAGAGGUGUGAGGCAAAUGUACUAAUCACGAAACCACCAUCAUGAUGAUGAUGAUGAUGAUGACGAUGAUGUUGUUAAAUAAUCCGUUGUUGUUGUUGUUGUUUGUAUAUAGCCUACAUGAAGUUUAUUUUAUCCAAAGAUGAAUACGGCUUGUCAUUAAAAUACACAGCGUCAGCGUUUACAUCCUAAACCAUGUGAUAGCCGUGUAACAUGUCGUGUUCAGGCUCAUUUCUUUCUUUUGAGAUGAAAUGAAAAGUCAUUUGUUAAGGCUGGGUUUUUUUUUUUUUUGUCCCCUUGUAGUUUAUACAUAAGCUUAUGUGUCUUAUUUAUUUAUUUAUUUAUUUUUUAAACAGUUCUCUGCUUUCUUAAGUUAGAAAAACAAAUGACAACCUAUAACUCAACGGAAUUCAUUUCGUCAUUUAAAAAGAUUAUUUAAAAAAAUAUAUCAGAUAAUGAUAUACAGAGUUCUGUAUAUUUAGAGCUAUGUUGGGAAAAGUAGAUCAAUUCAAUCGGGGAAAAUGUUAUAGUUAAAGUUUGGAAAGAAAUCUAAAGUUAAUAAAAGAGUAAAGUUAUUAUUAUUAUUAUUAUUAUUGAUUAUUAUUAUUAUUAUUGUUAUUAUUAUUAUUAUUGCUUUUUUUUUCCUUCGUUGUGGUUAAAGGAAGAAGAAUGGCAGUGUGUGUGCGCGUGUGUGUGUGCGCGCGUGUGUGUGUGUGAGUGCGCUCGCGCGUGUGUGUGCGUGUGUGUGUGUGUGUGUGUGUGUCGGCGCGCGCCGGCAGGUUUUAAAGCUCGCGUGAGAACUUGGUGAUGUCAGAGCGGCUCGGGUCAUUUGAAGGUUAGCAGCCUGGGAAGGGUUCGUGGAGAGUUCACUCGCAUACAUUAAGCAAUCCAAUCUUUCACUCCGCGCGACAAGAAAGAAAAAAAAAAGAAAGAAAGAAAGAAAGAAAGAAAUAAUCUAGUAGGAAAUGAGCUGCGCGGAGGCAGGAGAAGCCAUUCGUCAUCGAGCGGGGGAGAGAUGCGGUUUUAAACUAGAUCUGCUUAUGUUUAUAAAAUAUAUCUCUCUCUGAUCGGAUAGAGGACAGUCCAAGAGAGAGAGAGAGAGAGAGAUCAGGAAAUCACUUACAUUACAUCUGUUGCAUUUUCCUGAAGAAGAAGAAGAAGAAGAAGAAGGAAGAUGAGGAUGAUGAUGAGGAGGAGGAGGAGAAGUGAAAAUGAGAGCACUGUUUGAACAGCACCGUCGCUCCUAAUUCGUGAUCAAAACAAAGUGAGAGAACAAAGCUGAGCUGAAACUGGAUCUGAAGCGCACUUCGGUUCAAUGGAGUUUCUGGACGCGCUUUUGCAAGACGCAAAACAUUCGCAGCGCUGAAGGAGAGGAAGAAAAACAAAACAAACAGACAAACAAACAAAACAAACAAACAAAACAAAACUACCAGGGGAAAGCACAAGAAGCUUGAAGGUGCAUGUCCACCAUGUUCGACUGCAUGGAUGUGCUGAGUCCGGGGCAGAUGUUGGAUCUGUGCAGCGCCAGUCCGGCGUGUAUGCUGCAGGAGAAGGCGCUCAAAGCGUGUUUCAGCGGAAUCACACACACAGACUGGCGGCUCCGGCGCAGCGCGCACUCCAUCGAGACACAAAGCAGUAGCUCAGAGGAACUGGUGCCGAGCCCGCCCUCGCCUCUGCCCCCUCCACGCGUCUACAAGCCCUGCUUUGUGUGCCAGGACAAAUCCUCUGGGUACCACUAUGGUGUCAGCGCCUGCGAGGGGUGCAAGGGUUUCUUCCGCAGGAGCAUCCAGAAGAACAUGGUGUACACAUGUCACAGGGACAAGAACUGCAUUAUCAACAAGGUGACAAGGAACCGCUGCCAGUACUGCCGUCUGCAGAAGUGCUUUGCUGUUGGAAUGUCUAAAGAGUCUGUGCGGAACGACAGGAAUAAAAAGAAGAAGGAUAGUCCAAAGCCGGAGCUGACAGAAACCUACGAGCUCACAGCUGAGCUGGAGACCAUCAUUGAAAAGAUCCGGAGGGCUCACCAGGAGACGUUCCCGUCCCUCUGCCAGCUGGGCAAAUACACCACGAACUCGAGUGCUGACCACCGUGUGCGUCUGGAUCUGGGUCUGUGGGAUAAGUUCAGUGAGCUGGCCACCAAGUGCAUUAUCAAAAUCGUGGAGUUUGCCAAACGGGUGCCGGGAUUCACUGGACUCACUAUCGCUGACCAGAUCACUCUGCUCAAAGCCGCCUGCCUGGACAUACUGAUCCUGCGUAUCUGUACACGGUACACACCGGAUCAGGACACCAUGACCUUCUCAGAUGGAUUGACGCUAAACCGGACGCAGAUGCACAACGCCGGAUUCGGGCCGCUCACAGACUUGGUGUUCACCUUCGCCAACCAGCUCCUUCCCAUCGAAAUGGACGACACGGAGACAGGCCUGCUCUCGGCCAUCUGCCUCAUCUCUGGAGAUCGUCAGGAUCUGGAGGAGCCGUCCAAGGUGGACCAGCUCCAGGAGCCUCUUCUGGAAGCGCUGAAGAUCUACGUGAGAAAGCGCAGGCCCAGCAAGCCCCACAUGUUCCCCAAGACCCUUAUGAAGAUCACGGAUCUCCGCAGCAUCAGCGCCAAAGGUGCCGAGCGUGUCAUCUCUCUAAAGAUGGAGAUCCCUGGUUCCAUGCCUCCUCUCAUUCAGGAGAUGCUGGAGAACUCUGAGGGCCAGGAUGGACAGAGCUCUUUGGAAAAGAGCAGCGCGGAAGAAAACAGCAGCUCCGUCGAUCUGAAGUCUGCCACGUCGCCCUCUCCAGAACCCACUUCCUCUUCGAGCGAGGAACCGUAGAAGCGGAGUAGCGAGAACCUCGUGUCUCUUUUAUUGUGCAGACGACAAGACAUCAGUGCUACCUUAUCCGCGGUGUAAAAUAACAAUUUCUUUUUUUAAAAGAAUUCAUCCCACCUUUCUUCACGUACGACUACAAGAACACUAGAAACAAGCACGGUCGUCACGGAUGAAAAUGUGCUUUGCAUUGCGCUUAAAAACAAUCGAGCAUUCGUACCAUGGAACGUCCGACACGCACAGCCUGCAGCGCACUCCAGCGCGUUACUGAAUGCCUAACACAGAGGUGAAACUCCUCAGGUCUGCUGUGUAUAUUUUUGCUAAACCUGCAUGACAAGAAUCUUCGUUCGCCCUCAGCUCCCUCUCUCUCUCUCUCUCUCUCUCUCUCUCUCUAAAUGUCUUUCUGCCAUCGUUCAUGUCGGCGUGCAUUGUACAUACCAUCGUAUGAAUAGCCCUCUGUAUGAUACACUUUGUGCUGCUUCUUUUUUUUUUUUUUACAGUCUUAAUAUUAUCGUUUGAGGCGAAACAUUAAGUUUAAAGACGAACAGCUGACCUUUGACCAUUAGAGGGCACUAUAAAGAGCAGCUCGAGCUCAGAAUGGACAUUCCCAAACUGGACUUUUGGGGACCUUCAGCUCAGUAGUCACUCUAAUGGACAAUAAACUCAGCUGUGCAUCUUUAAACGAGGCUCUUCAUAUAAAUUCCUUUCAAAUACAGCUAUAUAGAAUGUUCUGGCAUAAAGACAAUAUGGCAGUCAAAUAUUUUCUAUAUUGGUGUAUUUAACCCUGUUUUGUUUCUGUAUCUUCGUUUGUUUCAUACCAGGAAAACACACACACACACACACACACACACACACACACACACACACACACACACACACACACACUCAGUCUAUAACUAGCUAAUGACUAACUGUCAUUACCUUUCAUUAGUAAUAGAGGAAGUCCAUAAGAACAGCAUUUCGGCUCCAAACCUGAGUGUAAGUACAAGUUGAUUUACUCUCUGUAUUUCUGAUGUGAUUUGCAGGUCUUAUUGAAUUGAUAUUCAUGCAUUCACCGUCAUGAACACUUUAUCCGUGUCAUGGUGGCGGUGAAGCCGGUGUCUAUCCCAGGAACACGGGAAUGAGGCGGGAGUACAGCCUGAACGGGACACCGGAGCACCAUGCUUACACAUUCACACCUAGGGGCAUUGUAGCGUAGCUAAUCCGCCCACUAGCAUGUUUUUUAGGAGGUUGGAGAAAACUGGAGUAUCCAGAUGAAACCCUCACAGACACAGGGAGAACACGCACAACUUUACAACCUGAGCUCAGGAUCAAAAUCGGGGAUUUGGGAAGGAAAUAAAUAAAAGUAGCAAAUAAAAGUGUCGAUGUGGAAUUUACACCUGAACAGUGCAGUUCGCAAAAUGCAGUUCUGACUCUAAAAAAAAAAAAAAAAAAAAAAAAAGUUCACUCUUUUAUUCCAGUUAAAUUUUUUUUUUUUUUUAAACCUCUUAAGGAAAUGAUUUUUCUCACAUGAUGCAUGAUUCUGAAAUGACAGUGGCACUUCAAAUCGACUUCCAACUUCAAACUAGCUCCUGAAGCAUGUAUAUGAAACUGUAAAUGUAUAAGACAGAGAAACUAUGAGCGCAGCUUCUGAUCCUUUGGGGAAUCUGGAAGCUUGGUCAGGUGGUAAAGGUCAGGUGGUAAAGGUCAGGUGGUAAAGGUCACUCCAUUUUUCACUUGCACCGACUUUAAUCAACUUUACAUUACAGUGUUAAAGGGUUGGGGUUGUUUUUUCCCCCAAUCGCAGGACGCCUGUUCGUUCUCUCUCUCUCUCGUUCGCCUCUCUGCUCUCACACACAGGAAAAGUGCAUUAGUGGAGUUCUUUUAUUCACAGCUCAUGAAUGUUUUUUUUCCUCCUCAUGCCUCAGAAGCUUCGGCUCCACGCAGCAAAACUAAACAAAUCUACAUCUUUAAAGAACUGGGUUUAUUCUUGCAUUUACUGAUGGUGACGGUGAUGAUGAUGAUGGUGAUGGUCAGUAUGAAGGCAACAUCUGAUGUUGUGGAAGUGUCCCAGGUUCUGGUAAGGUGGUAGGUUUAUUCAGCUUGUGGCCUUUCAGAUCAUCACGACUGAAUGUUAUGUUUUGGUUGUAACACUGAAUGUAUUAUACACGCUGUACCAAGCGCAGACAGAGAGGGUUGUGUGUUCCUUCAGCUCUGAGUAAUCUGACGAUCUGUAAGUUCUGUUGCGACUCAACUACAUGGAACUACAUUCAGAAACAAAACCUCCAAAAACUCCAGUCAAUGCUCACAGUUCACUUGCACUGCUCUUUUCUCUCUCUCUCUCUCUCUCUCUCUCUCUGUCACUCUCUUUUUCUGUCCCUCUCUUUCUGUCUCUGUUUCUCUCUCUCUCUCUCUCUUUCUGUCUCUCUCUUUCUGUCUCUGUUUCUCUCUCUCUCUCUCUCUUUCUGUCUCUGUCUCUCUCUCUCUCUUUCUGUCUCUCUCUUUCUGUCUCUGUCUCUCUCUUUCUGUCUCUCUCUUUCUCUU